GACUUAGUUGAGGCAUGCACAUGACCACGCUCCAUUCAUCUUCCUCCGCCGCCGAAUCCGCCAUGGAAGACCCCUCCAACCACCACCGUUCCAAGAAGCACCGCCGCCGCUCCACCACCACGACCACGAUCACGGUGAGCACCACCACCGGAGAGUCGGACGGGGAGGCGGAGGAGGCGGAGGACGGCGAUCCCGAGAUGUGGGCAACGCUGAACAAAGGGUUCCGGCAAGUGCAGUCGGUGCUGGACCGCAACCGGCUACUGAUUCAGCAGGUAAACGAGAAUCAACAGUCAAGGAUACACGACAACAUGGUAAAGAACGUGUCUUUGAUUCAGGAACUUAAUGGUAACAUCUCCAAGGUUGUCUCUCUCUACUCUGAUCUCAACAACAAUUUCAGCAACGUUUGCCAACCCCGCUCCAAAAGCUCUUCCAAUAGACGUGACCAAUAAAAAAAUAAUUUUUUAUAAAAGGGUAUUUUUCUGUUUGUGUCU